AGGGUGAUAGAUAGAACACCUCCCUUACCUUCAGUAUAAUGAAGGACUAUAAUUCUAUAGCCUCAUUGAUUUAGAACUUUAUUCUUUGUCUGGCUUGUUUGUAUCAUAACUGUAGGAGAAUGUUCUCAUCUAAGUGAUUCCAUUAGAGAAUUAUGUCAUGCUUGCCAAUGAUCAGAGCACUCUCUAAUGGUUUCCUGUACUUUUCAAUGCUAAAGGUUGAUUGGCUCAGAGUUUCAACUUUUGCCAACUCACGUUAUUAGAAACAGUAUAAAAUCCUGAUCUAGUUCUUUGUGCCACCUUGCCUUGGACUGCAGGUUCCUGGACUGGGUGCUACAACUGGGCAAGAAUUUCAAACAACAAGACUGACCUGUAACACUGCCAGCUACCUAUACCUACAAUACAACUGAGAAGUCCAUCACUUCAUGGAAAACCAGUAGCUCCUUUCAGAAGCCUAUGCCUUGCUGAGAUACACACUCACAAGCAGCUGCAGUUUAGAUACGUUUUGGAAUGUUAAUCGUCACUGGGUAGGGCAGGGAAGAUAGGGAAGAGUUUGGAGUGGAGGAGGCCAGCACAGAUGCAGGUAUAGCACACAGAAAAUCCAUCUGGUACCUUGAGAACACUGCUGGAUACUCUUGUUAAAGAGAAUUCUCUUUGUGCUGUUUGGUUUCUUGACUUCCUUUCGAAAUGUCAGCUGUCAGUGGAUUUAUAAAAUACUCUAUGUUUAUCUUCAACUUCAUAUUCUGGAUAUGUGGCUGCGUCAUCCUGGGAGUAUCAAUAUAUGCACGUGUCAGCAAACAUGGUGAAGAGCUCAUCAAUGAAGAAACAUCUGGAGUGGACAUAUUUGCAGCUGUUAAUCUCUUGAUAGCUGUAGGCACCAUUAUCAUGGUACUUGGUUUCCUGGGAUGCUGUGGUGCUAUGAAAGAAAGUCGUUGCAUGCUACUCUUGUUCUUCAUCUCAUUACUUCUGAUUGCGAUUCUUCAGAUUGUCGCAGGUAUAUUAGGUAUUGUCUACAAAUCCAAGAUUGAAGAAUCAUUUAAAAAGAAUUUCCAGGAACAGGUAGAAAUUUUGGACCAAGAUGGUACUGAAUACGAAACAUUUAAAAAUGACUUGGACGCAUUUCAAAAGAAGUUUAAAUGCUGUGGCUUAAUCAAUGGAGCUGCUGACUGGGGAAAGAACUUCGACAAAUAUUCUGCAUCAUGUGAAUGUACAAACAUUACUAAUACAAAUGAUGUUUGUGUAUCGUAUAUGGGAAAACAAGUUUACAAAGAGACAUGUGGUGACUAUAUUAUAAAUUUUUUAAAGAAAAAUUUGGUGGUUGUUGCCGGAGUUGCAUUUGGAGUGGCAGUGAUUGAGAUGCUCGGAUUGGUGUUUUCCAUGGUCUUAUACUGCCAGAUUGGGAAAAAAUGAAACUACAGGAGUUAAGCUGUUACCCACAAAAUUUGCCUUUUAACAAAACUUGCUUUGCUCUUUAAAAAAAAUUACAACUUUGUCAAGAAGUAUUUAGUUUAUUAAAAUACUACAUUUUGAUGAAAGCAUGGGUAAUUUCAUUACGUAUCAGAAGUCUUUGAGUUAAGUGACAUAAUGAUAUGAGUGUAUAUUUUUAUUUGGAAUAAAAACACAUUUUUGUUUUAAUUGA